GGCAGAAGACAAGAAGUGGACGAACGAAAAUAACACAGGAGCCGCUGGAAUAGCAACUGUUUAUUUGCCAGGAGCCCAGUGAUAUAGAAACCAUGGUUGAUCCGAUGGAGAAUGGCUUGUUUGACAUUCCUGACUAUGACAACACAGAUGACGAGACCUUUCCUCCUCUCCCCCCUCCCUUCUCACCAGGAGAGGGAGGAGAUCCUUUUACAGGGGAGGAGGGAGGAGAGAUCUCCAAGCUGGCCGAAGUCCCUGCUGCCAAGAGGAGAGGCGUCAAGAGACCACAGCCCAAACUGGACUCUCAGAGGCUGACAUCAGAAAGAGGACUUCCGGCUCUUCGCUCCCUGUUUGACAACGUUCAUUUCAAAGGCAAAGGACACGAGGCUGAGGACUUGCGGGGGCUGAUGCAGAGGAUGGAGAACUGGGCUCACAGGCUGUACCCCAAACUGCAGUUUGAAGACUUCAUAGACAAACUGGAGACGCUGGGCAGCAAGAAAGAAGUCCAGACGUGUCUGAAGAGAAUACGGUUGGACAUGCCGCUGAUACAUGAAGACUUCGUAGGAGACGACGGUGAGGACGACACCGCGGCGUCGAGAGACGGACGUGUCGUCAACCAUGACGACCCAGACCCGUUUGGAGACGGAGGUUUCCCUGAAGACCCCCCAGGACGGGUCCCCUCUACCCCUGCCGCUGCUCCCUCCCUGUUCUCGUCCUCCCAGGCUGGCCCGGUCCACUCCACCCCAGCCCCCUCCCUGACAGAAGAGCAGCAGAGACGUAUAGAACUCAACAAACGGCUUGCCUUGGAGAGGAGACUGGCCCGCAUGCAGCAACACACAGAUGGCUCCAAGGAGAUGGCCAACCAAUCAGCACACGGACACUCUGCCUCCCAGUCCCAGGAGAUGGCCACCCAAUCAGCACACGGACCCUCUCCCUCCCAGUCCCAGGAGAUGGCCACCCAGUCAGCAGACGGACCCUCUACCUCCCAGUCCCAGGAGAUGGCCACCCAAUCAGCAGACGGACCCUCUACCUCCCAGUCCCAGGAGAUGGCCACCCAAUCAGCAGACGGACCCUCUCCCUCCCAGUCCCAGGAGAUGGCCACCCAGUCAGCACACGGACCCUCUCCCUCCCAGUCAGCACACGGACCCUCUCCCUCCCAGUCAGCACACGGACCCUCUCCCUCCCAGUCAGCACACGGACCCUCUCCCUCCCAGUCAGCACACGGACCCUCUCCCUCCCAGUCAGCACACGGACCCUCUCCCUCCCAGUCAGCAGACUGA